AUCAUUGACGACCACCCGCAGCAGCCGUACCGCCUCCUGUAGGCGCAAUUUGUCCACUAAACAGAGGAGCGUUUUUAUUCUGCGGUUUACUGCGGUAACUUCCACUUUCUGUCCCUGGUGCUGCAUGUGUUAGAGUUCUGAAGUCCUUCCAGAAUGUUUCCGGUGCGGAUGGGAAGCGGCUGCGGGAACAUUUGAAGCGGACGGAGUGAAAUGCAUCCCCGGAGCGCUGAACCUGUUCCAUCCCACACACAAAGCCUGUGAAGCAGGCCGUGUUUUUCCUCACUCACACUGCGCCGAGGAUGCUCAAAGAUGUCGGGGAAUUAUUACAAAGGCAACGAAGUCAGCUGCUGCAUCAAAUACUUCAUUUUCGGAUUCAACAUCCUGUUCUGGCUGCUAGGCAUGGCCUUGGUUGGAAUCGGACUGUGGGCAUGGAGUGAGAAGGGGGUUCUGUCCAACAUCUCCUCCAUCACAGACCUGGGGGGGCUGGACCCAGUCUGGCUCUUCAUGGUGGUCGGGGGGGUCAUGUUCAUUCUGGGCUUUGCAGGAUGUAUUGGAGCAUUGCGGGAGAACACGUUUCUACUGAAGUUUUUCUCCGUGUUUCUGGGAAUCAUUUUUUUCUUGGAGUUGACGACGGGAAUCCUGGCGUUUGUCUUCAAGGACUGGAUCAAAGACCAGCUCAACCUGUUCAUCAACAACAACAUCCGGGCGUACCGCGACGACAUCGAUCUACAGAACCUCAUCGAUUUCACCCAGGAAUACUGGGAUUGCUGCGGUGCGUUCGGAGCAGACGACUGGAACCUCAACAUCUACUUUAACUGUACUGAUGGGAAUCCCAGCCGGGAAAAGUGUGGAGUUCCCUUCUCCUGCUGCACCAAGGACCCCGCAGAGGAUGUAAUAAACACGCAGUGUGGAUACGACAUCCGAGCUAAAUCAGACUCGGAGCAGAAGGACUACAUCAAUGUGAAAGGCUGCGUGCCUCAGUUUGAGAAGUGGCUGCAGGACAACCUGACCUUGGUGGCGGGGAUCUUUAUCGGAGUCGCACUGCUGCAGAUCUUUGGAAUUUGUUUGGCCCAAAACUUAGUGAGUGACAUUGAAGCUGUGCGGGCGAGUUGGGUGCCCCCCCCUCUCUCCAUGCGUCGAAUCCCACCACAGUCCAACAAGAAAGCAUCGGCUUACUACUCAUGAGACACACUCACACACACAUGCUGUUUGUGUGUUUGUAGCCGUUUCUUUACCUGAUGCUUGAAGCAGCAUUUCAACUGAUAACAGCUCCGGGUUCUUGAACACGCCUCCUUGAACACAUCAUGGGGGGGGCAUUCAGAGGACCUCACGGAUCACCUGCACCAUUUUGUUCACUGAACCAGCACCUUUUUUCAAGGCACUAAUAUCUGAAACGCUCUGUAUAUAACACUGUGUGACUUCUGUAAAAAAAAGAGAAAUGUUGGGGAGGAUGGUUAAACAUGCACUACAUGCAGGUCGUCACAAUGCUCCAGUUUUGAUAGCUACAUGUAGAGAGUAGGAGUUUUGAUACAUCUUUUUGAUAUUAGAUCGGUAUUUUUCACUGUGGACAUAACGCUCCAUUGCUUAACCCAUCAUGUAGGACAGUGACAUAGUGAACAAGAAGCUGAGGAUCUGCUUGUGUCUAAGUUGAGCACUCUACAGUAUGUUCUCUCCGUCACUGAGGCAAAGUAACAAAACCGAAAACAGGAUGUCCUUUUUUCUCGAAUGAACAGUUCUUAGAUGUUGUUGUGUUACUGCAGAUUCAAGGACCUCUUCAGAUACAGACAGACAUUCCUAUUCAACAAGGAUGACUCUGGUUAUAUAACCUUAAAUAAAACCUGCUUUAUUUACAAAAUAA